AUGAGCACCACCAAAAGCAACACAGCCUUUACAAAGGACGGCUCCGAGACAAAACACGAAGCUGUUGUACAGGAGGAACAUGUCGUUUUCCACGACAAUGUUAUUUUCAAUGGCGAGGAGAAGAACCAAGUGGUUUCCGACGAACGAAGGCUCGUCCGGAAACUCGACAAGCGCAUUCUACCAAUCGUCUGCGCAAUGUAUCUUUUUGCUUGUACGCUACGGCUAGUCGUACCAUUUCAAAAGAGCCCACUCAAUAACCUUGGCUCUUUUAUUCUAACAGUCUUGGAUCGAACAAAUCCGGGAAAUGCACGUCUUCAAGGACUCCCAGAAGAUGUCCUCCACGGAGAUCGAACGGGAACUCUAUACGAUUGGAUUUUUUCCUCGGUCUAUUACAAGUUCCCGCAGUUGUGGCGUCAAAGCUUUUCCCACCUCGACUAUGGCUCGGAGUGGCUGGUAUCGGAUGGGGAACAUUCCACCGGGUUCAACUUCACGGGCCUGAUGCUUGCUCGUAUUUGCCUCGGAGCAUUCGAGACUGGUUUCAGUCCUGGAAUUCCUCUUUAUUUGUCCUACUUUUAUACCAAACGAGAAAUCGGUCUACGCUUAGCAUACUACCAAAGUUUUGCUGCAGCCUCUGGCGCAUUGGGUGGACUAAUUGCAUUCGGAAUCCAACAUGCUCGCGCAACCGUUGCAAGCUGGCGCCUUCUGUUCAUUGGAAUACCCUCGGUGCUAAUGGGAGUCAUAGCCUUGUUUUUCCUACCCGACAGACCGGAGAUGACACGAUUCUUCAAUGACACCGAAAGAAAGAUCGCAAUGGACCGUAGGAAUCGGGCCAUUAGUAGUGACAAUGGUUUUGUGAUAAAUAAGAGUACGCAUAUAUUCCUUUCCUUUCCUUCGUCGGUCGGAAUGUUAAGUGGUAUUGACCGCUUAGCGCAUAUCUGGGCUGCUUUGAAGGACUGGAGAGUGUAUAUCGGUGGUGUGGUUUAUUUCGGCCUUAACUGUGCUGUUACAUCAAUUUCCGCUUUUCUGCCUACCAUCAUCAAAACGUUCGGAGUCUCGGACGCGGUCGCUCAAUUACUAACGGUCCCACCUUACGCUGUUGCAGUGGUCUUACUGAUCCUUAUGUGCUAUGUUUCUGAUCGCACCCAGCAUAGAGGGCUUUUCUUGUCUGCGGCAAGUGCCCUUAGCGCAAUCGGAUUUCUGAUUCUUCUGAUAGUCCGGACGGACAAGCGCGUGCGCUAUUUCGCUGUCUUCUGCAUCACUGCUGGGACGCACGCGGCGAUUGGGAUCAUCCUGGCAUGGUACGCUCACAACCUGGGUUCAGAGACAAAACGUGCAACAGGCAUGCCGAUGUUUAUGACGGCAGGACAGUGUGGAAGCAUACUCGGAUCGCAUAUAUUCCCUUCUACGGAAGGGCCUGAGUACAUAAAAGGAUUUGCCGUGACUGGCGCACUCGAACUCGUUUCGGUCCUGGGUACACUCAUUCUAUCAUACUCAUACUUCUCGGACAAUCGCCGUCGCGAUCAGCUGCACGGGAUACCAGAGCCUGAGGAAAGGGUAGAUACGAGCGAGCUGGCUGAUAAAAUCAGCCAAGGGAAAUCCAAUACCUUAGGUGACUUUUCUCUGGAACCUGCAUCUGGACAUGGUGCAAUCAAUGUCUUCUUAAGAGAUCAACCAGAUUAUUGUUGGCCUGUUGGCGCGCACAAUCUCGGAUCGGAGACAAAGCACGCAACAAGUAUUCCACUGUUCAUGACCAUCUGCCAAUAUAGGAGUAUCCUCGGUUCACAGGUAUUCCCGUCGACAGAAGGCCCACUAUGCAUGCGAGGGUUCGCUGUGACCCGUGGACUUGAAUUCCUUACCACCUUCCGUGCCUUCGUCUUGUCGAUUUCAUACCUCAUAAUCGUCGACGUGAUCACCUCUACGGAAAAUCGGCCAAUGAGGUGCACCGAUCAUGCUUGCUUGUUGGCUUACACGACUCGUUCUCUUACUGCUAUGAGCACCACCGAAAGCAACACAGGCUUUGCAAAGGGCUUCGAGACGAAAGAAGUGGCCAUUAUAGAGGAGGAGAUUGUCGCUUAUCACGAUAACGUUGUUUUCAAUUGCGAUGAGAAGAACCAAGAGGUCUCUGACGAACGACGGCUCGUCCGAAAACUCGAUAGGUGUAUACUACCGAUCCCUGUUAACAAGCUCGAAUCUCUUAUUAUGACAGUUUUGGAUCGAGCAAAUCCAGGAAAUGCACGACUUCAAGGACUCCCAGAAGAUGUUCUCCACGGAGAUCGAACGGGAACUCUAUACGAUUGGAUUUUUUCCUCGUAUUUCUUUUCAUAUGGUCUGUUCCAGAUUCCCGCAGUUGUGGUAUCAAAGCUUUUCCCACCUCGACUAUGGCUCGGAGUGGCUGGUAUUGGAUGCGGAAUAUGUUCGACGCUGAUGGCUAGUCUGAGCUUCUGCCGUUCCACCGGGUUCAGCUUCACGGGUCUCAUGGUUGCUCGUGUUUUCCUCGGAGCUUUCGAGACUGGUUUCAGUCCUGCGAUUCCUCUUUAUUUGUCCUACUUCUAUACCAAACGAGAAAUUGGUCUACGUUUUGCAUACUACCAAAGUUUUCCUGCAGCCUCGGGCGCAUUUGGAGGACUGAUUGCAUUCGGAAUCCAACGUGCUCGCACUACUAUUGCAAGCUGGCGCCUUCUGUUCAUCGUCGAGGCAAGUUAUCAUUUCCACCUAAUGAGCGCUUGUAUUCACGAUCUUUGGCCAGAGAUGACACGGUUCCUCAGCGACACUGAAAGAAAGAUCGCAAUGGAGCGAAGGAAUCGGGCCACCAGCAGUGACGAUGGUUUCGUAAUUAACAAGAGUAUGCAUAUUUUCUAUUCCCUCGCUUCAUGGGUCGGAAUGUUAAGUGGUAUUGACCGCUUAGCGCAUAUUUGGGCUGCUUUGAAGGACUGGAGAGUGUAUAUUGGUGGUGUGGUUUAUUUCGGCUUUAACUGUGCUGUUACGUCGACUUCCGCUUUUCUGCCUACCAUCAUCAAAACUUUCGGAGUUUCGGACGCGGUCGCUCAAUUACUAACGGUCCCACCUUACGCUGCCGCAGUUGUCUUACUGAUCCUUACGUGCUAUGUUUCCGAUCGUACCCAGCAUAGAGGGCUAUUUUUGUCUGCAACAAGUGCACUUGGCGCGAUUGGAUUUCUGAUUCUUCUGAUUGUUCGGAUGGACAACCACGUGCGCUACUUUGCCGUCUUCUGCAUUACUGCAGGGACGUAUACAGCAGUUGGGCUCAUCCUAGCAUGGUACGCUCACAAUCUGGGUUCGGAGACAAAACGCGCGACAGGGAUGCCGAUGAUCAUGACGGCAGGGCAGUGUGGGGCCAUACUCGGAUCGCAUAUAUUCCCUUCUACGGAAGGGCCUGAGUACAUAAAAGGAUUUGCUGUGACUGGUGCACUCGGAAUCGUUUCGGUCUUGGGUACACUCUUUUUAUCCUACUCAUAUUUCUUGGAUAAUCGCCGUCGCAAUCAUUUGCACGGCAUUCCAGAGCCUGAGGAAAGGGUAGAUACGAGCGAGUUAGCUGACAAAGCACCGAUGUUCAGAUACAUGAUAUGAACGGCUAUAAGUGAAUUUGUAUAGGUGGAUAGGCUACAUUCAGUGUAUGC